AUGGACGCCUUUCAAAACGAGGUCCCUGUGUCAGCUAAGAAGAGUGCGGCCGCAGUAGUAAUUCAGAAGUACAUUCGUAGAUGGCUCGCUCAAAAAGAACGACAACAACGAGUGAAGGAAAAGUUGCAGUAUGAAGCCCGUAUGGAAGAACUGUGCCAGAAUGCAUAUUUGCAGAUGGUUGAUCGUUACCGAAAAGAACAAGAACGAAAACGGGCCAAGGAGUUGGAAGAAGAACAACGACAGAAAUUGGAAAACGCCAGAAAGAAACGCAUGCUCGAAUGUGCGUAUGAAGGCAAGGACAAUGAAAUGCGAUUGUUACUCAAAGAGGUUGUUAUGGAUGAGGAUAACGCCCGUGGGGUUGGAUAUGAUGAUAUCGGUCAAGCAACCAGGUUAAGGCACAAAAUGCAGCUGAUUGAAUGUCGUGAUCCGAAUAAUAAUUCCGCUUUAUCUGAGGCUUGCAUUGGUGGGUCCUUAGCGGCAGUGCUAUUUUUAAUUGCUGAGGGUGCAGAUGUGAACAGCAAAGGACAGUACGGACGAACGCCGCUUUAUCGUGCUGCCUUUGGAGGACACUUCGAAGUGGUUCAGGUCCUUUUACAACAUGGAGCUGAUCCACGCCUGUGUACCGAAGAUGGACAAAGACCGAGCGAUGUGGCCACUGAGGGCACAAUACACGAACUACUUCAGGCGUGGAACAUUGAAGAAACAGACCGCCUUCUCAAACAAAUCAGUUUCUAUCGGAACCAACAGGGUGAGCAGUACAACAAAGGUGCACAAGCGAUGCUUGAAAGUUUGAAACAGGAAACAGAAAAUCUGGAGAAAAAUUAUCAGGUAUCUCAGAAAAAGGUGAUACACGAUGCCGAAUCCCACUUGGAGUCAUUGAAAUUGGAAAUGAACCGAGCACUUGAGCGCCUGCAAGAGGCAAAGCUUGAAUUAAGGAAAGAGCAAAGGAAAGACAAUCGAAACAGCAUUGUGGAUCCUCGACCCGGCAUUGUUUGUUCAUUGCGCGACCUGGACGAUGUUUUAUUCAAGGAUGUUGGUGAUCGGUUGGCAUCAACAGAAAAAUGGCCCCUGGUAGUUGAUCCAACCGAUCAGGCUUCCACCUUUCUGCGCUAUCGUGAUACAAAUUAUUUGAACGUGCUCAACCCUAAACAAAUGCAUUCAGAAACGAUACGCAUUGCUCUGCUCGGUGCGUUGCGUUACGGAAAACCGGUUGUGUUGGAUUUGAUGGACCUGGACAAUACACUGGACACCAUUUGUCGUCGUGCGUUCGAAUCGAUCAAGAACACACUGCUAGAAGAUAUUAUUGGCAAGCGUAUCACUAAUCCGUUUGUGUAA